UGGAUGGAUGGACAAGUGACGAAAUAUUCAGGUGCCUGAAGCUGUCUGUCCUACCCUACAGCUGCAUUACGUACCUGCACCUCAAUGCUCCACUGGGCGCGGCAUCCGGACCAACAUCAUCCAUCAUCUUGCUGCCUAUAAGCAUUGUCCAGCAUCGCUUCGAGCCAAGCAUUCAACACACUGAUUCAGCGGUCUUUCGAUAUCCGGCCGACGACUGCAAUCUCCAAGGGCGAACUGGGAGGAUUCGUCUCGUGGAAGUGACAUUGACGACGACCGCGCAAUCCGAGCUGGCCUGGCUUGCUUGCUUACAGUACUGCUGGCUGCCCCUGUAUCUGUCCUCUCUUCCAGCGCUUCGCGACGACGACCAGACCACAACAACCUCGAUCGAAAGCUCCAAGUACCCGCCCAACCUCGAUACUGCCUGCGUAGGCCAUCCCAAAAACGAUGAAGUCUCUUAUGGGACUGCUGGCCGCGGGCCUGUUCCUCUGGACAGCCCAGGCCAUGGAGAUCCUCAUGAACGAACAGGACGAGAGUCGCCAAUACUGCGCCGGCAUGUACGGCAAGAAGACCUGGGGCGGCCCCGUCGACCCCUUCAUCCUCGUCAAGUAUCUCGACGCCGACAAGGACUCGGGCGAUGACCCCAUCACCAGCAUGGUCAUCUUCGAGUGGCGCGACCGCGACCUGGUCGGCAUCCCGGACCCCGACGGCUGGGGCAACCGCCUCGCCAUCUGCAACGACGACUACGUCAAGGACGGCCUCUGCGACAAGAAGCACAUUGGCGAGUUCGUCCUCGCCGCCAACGCGACCGACGACAGCCGCGCGACCAUUGUCACAAAGGCCGUCCACCUCAAGGACUCGGAGCCCAUCAAGUACAUGGUCAAGAAGACGGGCUACUACUGCAUCGUGACCGACCCCUGGAAGACGAAAAAGUACUCGGCCGUCGUCGAGUUCCGCAACGCCUACGGCGAGCUGGCGGCCACCCAGAUCCCCAAGCUGCCCUUCUACGGUGCCAUGACCAUUGUCUACACCCUUCUGGCGGGCUACUGGGGCUUCCUCUACUACCAGCACCGGCAGGACAUCUUGCCGGUCCAAAACUACAUCACCGCCAUCCUCGGCUUCCUCGUCAUCGAGAUGCUGCUCACCUGGGCCUUUUACGACUACCAGAACCGCAACGGCUCCAACGUCGGGUCCAAGGUCUUCCUCGUCAUCGUCGGCAUCCUCAACGCGGCUCGCAACUCCUUCUCCUUCUUCCUCCUGCUCAUCGUCUGCAUGGGCUACGGCGUCGUCAAGCACACGCUGGGCCGCGCCAUGAUCUGGGCGCGCUGGCUGGCCGCCGCCCACUUUGUCUUUGGCCUCGUCUACUCGGUCACCAGCCUGCUCAUCUCCCCCGAGGCCGCCGGCCCCUUUGUGCUCCUCAUCGUGCUGCCCCUGGCCGCCACCCUGACCGCCUUCUACAUCUGGACCCUCAACUCCAUGAACGCCACCCUCAAGGACCUCCGCGAGCGCAAGCAGCACGUCAAGGAGUCCAUGUACCGCAAGCUCUGGUGGGCCAUCCUCGCCUCCCUCCUCGUCAUCUUCGCCUUCUUCUUCUUCAACUCCUUCACCUUUGCCUCCGUCGGCGACCCGGACUUUGUCCCCUUCCACUGGAAGACCCGCUGGUUCGUCCUCGACGGCUGGCUCAACCUCGUCUACUUUGCCGACAUUGCCUGGAUCGCCUACAUCUGGCGCCCGACCGCCAACAACCGCCGCUUCGCCAUGAGCGACGAGAUUGCCCAGGACGACGAUGGCAACUUUGAGAUUGGCGACAUUGGCAUGCCGGAUGACUCGGACGACGAGGAGGCGGCCAUUGGCAAGGGUGACGAUCAGCACCAGCACCACCAGCCACAACAGCAAGGGGUAGGCAUGCCCAGCGCUGGCCUGUCCAACCCUGGUCAGUCUUCAGGUGCGUCAGGGCACAGGGCGAUCCCGCGUGAGAGUGUAGACGGCGAGACCCUGUUUGCGGUCGGGGACGAGGACAAGUUCUCCGACGACGGGAGUGACGAGGACGCCAAGCUCGUCAAAUCGAAAUGAGCUCUCUGUGAGAAGAGACGGCCGCCAGAUAGAGGCGUUAUAUUAUGAUCGCACAUGGGAUCUCGGGCUUUCAUGUUGUACGAUGGACGACGAGUAAGGUCUGUUGAGGAAGCGUUGCACAGGUAUUAUUUUAGUCAUUCAUAAUGGGAUCAAAUUUUACAC